AUGGGUUCAGCUUUUAAGAGGUUCUGCAGUCUGUUGUGCUGCUGCUGCUGCUGUGCUGGUGAUGAAGAUGAUGAAGAUGAAAAGCAACCUUUAGUACCGUAAGAAGGCACACAGCAAGAAACAAUCAAACUCUGCCAUAUUACACUCACAUGCUGAGCACUCUCACUGAUCUCAUCUACAUAUUAGUGACCUCCUUGAGAAGAGUAGGAUCAAUCCAAAAUGACCUUAUCGUGUUUACAGUGUUUGUUUCUGAUACCUACUUUGCUUUCGGAUGCAUUUGCUUGUGUGUGCACGUGUGUGUGUGUGUGUUGGCUGACCACACAGUCAGGAUCCAUUAGAGUAUUUCAACCGGGAAGUCCAGAAGCGACGAGAUGAGGAGGCCAACUUGUGGAGUGAGCCUGGAGACCCCAGCCACUCAGAGAGGACCGACGACCGGGUCCUUUACAGCCUGCUGCAGGCCAGAAACAAGACCCGCAGGGGAUCUACGGUGGGUAGUGGCGCGUUUACUUUAUAAAGUUGCUUUCUAUGAGCCCUACAUGGCUGGAAAAAAAAAUCAAAAUGAGACUAAAAGAGCGUUUAAAGCAAAAAGAACUGAAUGUGAGGCAAUACACAGAAAUAUAUGUUGAUGUGGUGCAUAAGUGUGAGAAAAGUGCAAGAUAUAAGAAAUGUGACUGAUAUGUCCUCUUCUGUCUUACUGAAUUGUUAUGAUCUGUUGUGACAAAAUGACUAAAAGAAUAGACAUUUCAUACUGGAAUCAAAGACUUGUUUUUGAAGCUCUUUUUCCGUGUUCAGGGCUAUCGGCGUCUGAGUGUGGACAUUGAGGCCAUGAGAGAUACUCGCCGGGAAGUCAGAGACAAAUGGAAGACCAUCCUGGAGAACUUAGGUAAAGCAGGCAGGGUUAAUUGCUUGACCAACUGUCUCUUUAAAGGCUUCAUUAAAGCUAAUGGUUGCCCUUUUGUUUAGGUUUUAUGGCGGAGGCGGACUCUCUGCUCACAGUGUCUGCUGGAGCCUCAUAUGACCGUAUGCAUAAGGCCUCUGCAGCACGUGCCAUGCUUGAUAUGCUCCACACUGAGACCUCCAUCUUUAACAGCAGAGAGCCACCACCAGAAAGAUAUCUAUUCAUCCUGGUGAGUGGGGGGUGGGGGUCACUUGAGCUGAACUGAAAUCUAAAUUCUCAUCAUGUUGUGAGCUGUAGCUUUAGGCAGAAUCAAAUAGGACUUUGUGUCUUAAUCCUUGUGCUACUGAACUCACAAAGAGUUUCAUGCUCUAAACAAAAGAGGCUCAGGUUUUGGUGCCAUUGAGAAAAAAAGGACCAUGACCUUUGACAUCAAGAUCAGUAUUAUGUAAGGCUUGGGUUUGAUGGGUGUCAGAUGUCAUUGAUGGGCUACUGGCUGUGUUGUUGGUAUGUCUAAAUUUCUACUGUUUGGAAAAUAGAGGUUCAAAUCAUUCACAGAAGACUCCAUACAAAAGGACAUUGUACGUUACAACUAUUACAAUAAAUAAACCAAAUUCAGAAAGAUGAACUCUGAAUUUGUACCCUUCUUGUUCCAAAGUACACUCUGAUAUUUUAACACCCAUAUCUUGAAAACAGCCACAUUUAUUUCCCCCGCUUUGGCAAUAUUCUCUACUUCUACACCCUCUUCACAGGAUCGCCUCCUGUACCUGGAUAUAGGUGAAGACUUUCUGGCAAAAGCAAAGCGUUUCUAUCCACCGAAGGAAGACUCUGACGAGGAAACCCCAGGUCUCUCCAUAAACCUACCGCUGCUCCUGGCCAGGGUAGAACAAGCCAUGAAUGGACGGGAGGAUGAAGACGAAGAGGAUCGACGGGAAAGAAGAGAUGGAAACUUGAGUGACUGAUCGUAAGAUCCACUGGGUGCAAUAAUAACAGACACAAAC